UGCACACACAGUCUACUGCCUCCACUCCACUCUCCACCUUUUGCUGUCGCCUUCUUCCCCUUCCUUGCUCCCUCCCUCGGGCCGCAAAAACGCUCGCGCACACCUUUUACCGACCCACCCCACCACCCCGCAGGGCAGAGAGAGAGACAAGGGCCACGCCGAGCUUACCGGUGGCGGCGGCGGCGAGCUGGAGAAGAAGGAACAAGGACCGAGCAUGGCCAGGCCGGCGGCGCUGCUCCUCUUCCUCCUAGUCCUCUCCGCCUUUCAGGCCGGGGAGCUUCCACGCUGCUCUGCCGCCGCCGCUGCUGCUGCAGGUAAACCAGCCGUCCUCGUGCAUGAUGAUGUGAGUCCGGUUCAGGACACCAACCCCAUCGCGACAGUCCCCUCCAAUAACCCGACGCCCACCAUUAUCACAGUGCCUUCCACGAAUCCCACCAUCACCAUCCCUUCCUUGAACCCUCUGCCCACGCCCAUCACAGCCCCCUCAACAAACACCCCUUCUCCUUCUUCCACCAUGCCGCCGCCAGUUCCAGUCAUAUAUCCGCUGCCAACGCCGUCAACCUCCUUCCCACCAACCGUGCCGGUCACCAAUCCUGCUGUCACCACGCCUUCCACGUCCCCUCCGUCGACACCAACACCAGUCAACAACCCACCGGUGUCGAACCCGACACCGACGACUCCUGCUCCUACAGUCACAACUCCAGCUGCGUCUGGCCGGCAGGUCUGGUGUGUGGUCAAGCCUGCUGGCUCAAGUGAAGCUGCGCUCCAGAACGCGUUGGACUAUGCAUGUGGCAUUGGAGGAACAGAUUGUUCGGCGAUUCAGCCAUCCGGGAGCUGCUACUAUCCGAAUACCAUCCAAGCCCAUGCAUCCUAUGCUUUCAACACUUAUUACCAGAGGAACCCUGUGCCUUCCAGUUGCGACUUUGGGGGGACAGCAAUGCUCGUCACUGCUAAUCCAAGUUCAGGGAGCUGUGUGUUUGCAUCAUCAUCACCAUCAUCCAGCUCUACUGCUGGAUAUGACCCUGCGUCCACGACUAAUCCAUUGUCAUCGUCGCCUGGUUCCGACUCAGGAGCACCGGUGCUUAAUGCCAGUGGGGCAGGUUCUUCUGAAUCAUCAGAUUUUGGUUUCGACAUCCCAGGAGCUGUCAAUUUGGGCAGCGGUUGGAGGUCAGCCUCGCCACCCAACUGGCCCUGGGCAGCUCUGGUCUGGAUUCUAGUAGCAUUGUGUGUGCACAAAGAAGGGAUGACCUGAAAACUUGUGAGAGCAGUUCCGGUAUUUCAGGGACAGAUUGCAAAGUAGCUAGGUGGUGUAGAGACUAGUAGAGAUCUACAAAGCUAGAGGAUCAGGCCUUAGCAUGACUAAGUUUGUUGAUGUUAUGUAUGAAGUGUGGUGCUCCAGUUUAGUAGUAGGAACUGGGAACUAAUGUAGUCCUGAUGGAUGAACUUGCACUUACCUGAUCGGCCACUUAGUACUCAGUAGUGUAGAUGUAGGCAUGUAGCUGCUGCUGCUGGUAGUUGUAAUGCAAGUACUCCUUUGCCUCUUAUGGCUGAGUGAGCUGAACAACUAACGGGGAAUGGAAUGCAAUGUGUCGUUUUGUUUUUGCUGUCA